AUGAUUGCUAUUCACAGUACUUUGAUCCAGAGUAGAAAGAUGCAUGCAGCUAUGGAACUUUACACAUGGAAUAGAUGCAAUCACCCCAACAUCAUGCCACUGCUUGGCCUAACGGUCUUUCGGAGUAGAAUAGGGAUGGUCUCAGUUUGGAUGAAACAUGGAAAUUUACCCAAGUAUCUAAAGAAAGAGCUAGGGGCAAAUCGACUCAACAUGUGCACUCAAAUCUGUGAGGGAGUAGAAUAUCUGCACCAAAUCAACGUUGUGCAUUGUGACUUGAAAGGGGCAAAUGUACUCGUGUCGGAUCAGGGGAUCCCGGUCCUUACAGACUUCGGAGCCUCGUCGGUGUUCAACCAGACAAUGCGUUUUACGCCAACAACAAGCGGCCUUACUUAUACAUUACGAUGGUCGGCGGCUGAAAUUAUCAAAGAGACCCAUCCGCACACAAAAGCCUCUGAUGUUUAUGCGUUGGGAAUGAUCAUAUAUGAAGCAGUAUCAGGAAAGAUUCCAUAUGACGGGAAGAAAGACUAUAACGUGAUGUUCUUGGUGACUCAAGAGAAAGAACUCCCCGAGAGGCCUGAACGCAUGCCAAAUGGCGAAGAAGUUAAAGAUGAACUAUGGGAAUUGCUCACUCGCUGCUGGUCUUAUGAGCGAGAAGCACGCCCAAACGCACAUGAGGUGAAGGAAGCUAUAGAUAAAAUUGCUGGAUUUGAUGACUUUGAUGACGAUGACUACACUCCUGGGGCGACUCCGUUUGGACGCUCGACACAACCACAGCUGGGACGUGUGUCGCCGACUCCUAGCCAUCCUUUCGGUGACCAUGGGCAGUCUACGAUGUUUACUCUUCCAGCCCAAAAUGGAGGAUCGCUUCCAACUUCGUCUUUAUUAUCCGCAGCCCCUGUUGGUGCCCCAACUUCUGCCGGGAACAGUAAUAACGGUGGAGGAAUGUUCUCCGUUUCGAAUGGCAGUGGGAUAUUUGCACCUCCUGGUCAUGCUCGUGGCGAAUCCGACACAUCUAUACACUCAUUCCAUUUCGACCCACCUCCGCCCCCAGGCCCUCCGCGCACCAAGCGCAAGGGCUCUUUUGCUUCGCUCAAAGCUGCGUUCAAAAGCGGAACGAGCGGGAAAUCAGCACCACCUGUUCCAAAGUCGCAGCCGCGCCGUCCUUCUGCAAGCGUCGUGCCCGGUCGGGUUGGUAUGAAAAGCAUGCAUUCAGCCGCUCCCUCCUAUGCCGCCUCGGAAUUCAGCGACGGGGGUGGUGGGAAUUCGUCGUUUGGAGGGUUUGGUGGAUUCAAUGGAUUCAACAUCACUACUAACUCUGGGUUUGGACCGGCUGAUGAAGAAGUGCCUCCCGUUCCCCAGUUGCCAGGCCAAAGCUCAGCACCUCGGGACCUUAGCUCGGGAGGUUUCAAGUUCGGAGGUAUACGACCUAGAAACAUUAGCACAUCAGUCGUAAGCCAAGCUGGUGGUAGUACUGCAGACUUUAACCAAAACGUUCCGAUACCUCGUCCCCCACGCCGUGCUACCACUCCCCACGAGAAUGACGAUGCCACGCCCGACCCCAAAACUCCGGCGGAGUAUGCGCUGCAUGCCGUGUUUAUACGGUUUGUUACUGAGGUCGAACAGAAGACAAGCGCGUUUUUGAAGGAGCCGUUGCAUUCGGAGCCACUUUUAUCCACUAUACUUGGCCCUGGCGCUGAUCGUCAAUUCGAUUCCACCCUGGAUUCUCUUGCCCACAUUGCCUUGAAGCAUACUAGACUUGUUAUCGAUGCCCUUGCUCGGUGGAGACGCACUCAGAGACUUAUCCCUACUUCUGCUCAGAUACGUGUUCAUACACAGCGGCAUCUGCUUGGCCACGGUCCUACUCAUUCAGAUACGCCUUCAGCUACCAAUCUAAGCACAACUCUCGGAGCGCUCAACCCUGGCGGACUGCCUCAAAGUGGAUCGGGCUAUGGCUAUGUGUACUCUCAAUCAGAGGUUACGAAGGUGUUAGCCGAGAGGAUGGAACUUAUGACGGUUUACGUAUUGUCUCGAGCUUUGUUGGUAGUAUUGGCCAGUGUGAGUGAACUGGGAAAGGAUGUACUUGGAGAGGGUAUGGGUGCUAGCUUGGAAGAAAACUCGUUUGAACCGGUUCGAAACCCCGAUCUGAAGAGACUCGCCCUUUCAGGCAACCAUCGAGCCAAUGCAGAGCUUUACGCAUCGCUCCUUGGACAAAUAGCCAAUAUUCGUUUCCAGAGUGUUACCGACCGAUAUCUUCGUGAACUUGAACCUGUUGCUGCUGGCCAAGUUCUCCGAGACCAUGAUGCACGCUACGAGCAUAUCGUUGAGGGAUUGAAGCAUAUCCGGAUCAAAGUGUGGCCCCCUGAAGCGUUUGAAGAGGGCGCAGAGUUCAUGGAGACACUUUCCAAAUCCUUUGCCAAUGCACAUGGUACUCGUCUAAAAAUUGCUUUUGUCAAGUCGUUGGUGGAGAUCUUACACCCUAUCGGCAAGACUGCACAAGCUGAAGUCAAUCACCCAGGAUGGGCGAAAGCAAUUGACCUCAUAUACCCAAAAGCCCGCGAGAUGAUCACAAAGCCUCGUUAUUUUGCCGUUGCGUAUCCUUUAGUGAUAUCAUCCCUAUGUGUUGCUCCCCAGGAUUUCUUCGCGAAAAACUGGAUGGCAUGUAUUGAUUUGAGUAUAGCCAAGAUGAAGCAAGAAAAACAAUCUCGCGUCAUGUGUUUAAACGGCAUCCUACGGAUAGUCUGGACCUAUCUCUAUCGGUGCCAUGAACCUAGCUCCACAGCCACUUCAAAGCUUGAUAUUGUCCUCAAACAUCUUUUCCCCCCGAAAGGACAAUCUAUAUUUCCUCCUGACGAAUCACUGGAAUGCCAUGAGUAUAUCGUUCACUUUAUACUGUCUCGCCAUUUUGACUAUGGGAUUGACAUCAUUAUGGAGUUUCUACAAGAGUCCGAGGCACUUGGAAAUGGGACCUUGGAUUUGAAUCUACCGUUCCGUCCUAUUAUCGCUCUCCGCGCCAUCCUCCUGACCCUCACUGCAAUGGAAAAGGACUCGAAACCCGUAUGGCCGUCCAAUGUUGAUUUCACCACAUACGAUACUCAAGAUGACUACACCUAUGAAGCUACAUUUCUCUCCGAGGCAUUCUAUACCAAACCUGGCGUAAAGACUUUCUUCGAACGCUAUGGACCAGUUAUUGGGAAACUUGCUAUGGUUUGCGCUCAAGCUGUGGGACAUUUGACGCUGUCCGACGAGCGCUUUUUGCGCACCAACUACUCAUUUGAAGAAGGCGAGCAACUUGUCUUUAAGCGCCGAGGAGAACUAUCGGUAGCAUACCCUCGCCAUCUCGAUCCUCAAGUCUAUUUCCUCAUGGUCUGUUUCGAGUCUUGGCCCCGAUGCUUGCACUCCAGCAUAUCUAUUAUUGAUACCCUCGACCUACUUAUAAAAUCACUCAAUCAUGUGGAUGCCGGACUUGCUGAAGCUGCUUCGUCUGCCCUACGACGAAUAGCUGCUAACGAACAACACGUCAAGGCGGCUGUAUGGCGAUGCACCCGCUAUUUGUUUUCACCUCCUAUUCAGCCAGGGAACCGGGAUACAUCAGCUUUGCGCAUGGUUGCUGAACAAGAAUACGUAGUACCACUCUGGACUGAUUUGGUGGGAGCGUGGGCUGAACAACUCGAGAAGCCUCCAGAAGAAGAAGCUAAUGAUUCUGACUCGGUAAAGGUCGACUCGGGUGAAUUGGCCCAGGAGAUUGAAGGUGGAGCGCUAUGUUUACUCUCCUCCGUAUCGCAGUCGCUCCGCGCCCUUGCAGUCAAGAUAUUGCUGCUCUCCGUCAGACUAAUUCCUAACGCUCAAAAACGAAGCCAUGGGUCCCAAACAUCUCCCACCAACUCUGAAACCCGUGUAUGCAAUAUUCUCCUCGGUAAAGGGGUUUCGAUCGCUACUAUUUUCGAACGACGAGAGCAUGCGCCCCCAGAAAAAUACCGAAGGAAAUUCCUCCAGUGGCAACAAAACAAGGAUCCCAAUUGCUUGCUGCGUUUGGCACAGAGCAAAGACGAAGAGGAUCUACGCAUAUGGACCUAUGUCUUCCCUGCAAUCACCCAAGAGUGCAUGGUACGAUCCCCACAUGCUCUGGAAUAUGCCCGUAUGACUUGGAAUGCAUGGAUAGUCCGGUUUCAUCCAAUUGUUUCAACUAUAGCUGGAAUAUCCUCAAAGGUAGCUGCUGCUGCACCUCUUGCACGCCCAACUCGUCAAGGCUCUGGAGCAUCGGAGGACGUCGAAGAUAGGAGAGACGGGCAUGCUUUGUCUGUCGAACAAUGGAGAUGCUGGAUUAUUGCACUGUGCUCCUGCGCUAUACAGUCUGAUGCUCGCCCUACCCCUGCUCGUGAACAUGGGAGAAUGCCUUCAGACCCUGCAUCUCAGCGAGAACGACUGACAACCGCGCGUGGUCUCUUCCGGCUUAUAAUUCCGUUCCUAUCCUCUGAUCAGGCCCGUUUCCGAGAUGCCGUCACCACCGCAUUGGGUUCGGUCCACUUGAGCACAUUCAAGACCGUAUUGGAGGAUUUGCAGUCGAUCACUCGGCACAUAUACGACGAAUUUAGGAGCACGGCGGCAAAUCGUUCCGCUCAAACCGCUCGCAGGGCAAGGAGCCAAGAUCGGCUCUAUGUUGCAGUUGCCCAAGUUCAUCAACUUACGGCCCACUUUCUUCGAGACCCAAAAUCACUGAGCGAUCAAGGAGCUCUCCAUUUCAUGCUUCAAUUCGUGCGCGAAACCAAAACCUUCCUUAGUCAGAGCGACAUCAAGCAAGAUUGUGAUUCUCACCGUCUACGCCGUCUCUUUUGUGGGGAAUGGUGCAUAUACGGUCCUGCGUCCGGCCCGGUGCGACAACGUCACGCUGCAAUGAGGGCGAAUGCCACUCGGUACGGAACUGUUGCGCUAUACGACUCUGAAUGUGAACAGCUGGUAGAAGCUGUUCCAGCAGCCCUCGCUUCCCUCUGUGCAGGGGCAUUCUUUUACAUCGAUAAAACGACCCGCUCUCCAGGAAAACAUGUUCAUCCUGAGGGGCCUUCACCUCUUACGGUCCAUGAGGUACUUGACUGGAUAAAUGCCUCAUUGGAGCAUCCUUCAGAAUCGGUUAAUGCAUCUGGGAGGAAAGCACUAAAAUCCCUCCUUACCUAUCCCGCAAGGAAUGAGGAACUCUUGGAUGAUAUUUGCCGUCGCGCUUUUGCUUCGUUACACACAAUGCCUGGGAGCACGCCUUCAUUUGGUGUGGUCGCAGAUGUCAUCUUGACUUGUACAGACUCCCCGUUCUCGUUCAGCCAGGUUGUGUGUCUCGCCUUGGCCAGCUUAGGUGACACCGACCACCGGAUCCGUAAGCAUGGAUUUGACGUCCUGGAAGCCAUUCAUCGUCAAACGUCUCGCGUUCAUUUCAUUGCUGAGUCCGAAGCUGCAAUCCGAAGUUAUGCACCCAGUGUGUAUCUUCCUGGACAACGGCGAAUCUCCGAAUUCCUGGCGAUCCAUCACUCUGAAGAAGCAGUACCACUCUUAGCUCAAUGUGCUUUACACCUCUCCAACCUUAGGGAGGGGGAAGCGCUAGUGCUUCACGCGUUGGAACCUUGGAUGGCUUAUGUCGAGCUGAUGGCUGAAGGGACGAAUGACCUGCUACCUACCGGGGAUCUCUGCAUGCACAAUCUUCUGGCUCUCACGAUUCGUUUUGGAGAUACACACCCCAGUGAAAUGCAAGCGCUCUGGACCAAACUCGUCGCUGGAACACAUCCAAUGAACCAUCACGCCAUCGUCAAAUGGCUCAUCGAACAAGCCACCUGGCUAGGAAAUGCUGCUUUUGUCGCCUACUCUCGCCGAGUCAUCGCAUACUUAUCCCGAACUCAAUUUGGCGAACUUGUCUUCCACGAACUAUGCUCUUUAAUCUCGCCUGCAACCAUGUCGAUACAAAAGGCAAACAUACCCAAACGUCCUCGUUCACAUUUAUUUACGGCCGACCUAUCAACCCUACUUCCAUUAUCUGAGUCAAGAAAACAACUAUCCAUUGCGCAGUUGGCGCUGUUGUUCCUAGGAGAUGUAGCACUGGAUCCUUCUUGGGAUAUUUCAUACCAAUUACCUAUCUUCCUUCACGCUAUCUUCCUUCAAACCGACCAUAAAUCUGCGAGCGUGGAGCAAGAGAUUCACCACCUACUUCUCCAAACACUUCGAACUUGUACUGCCGUAUACGAGGAUAAUGGGCUCGAAGAGAUUAGCCGUGAAGACGUGAAAUCAUCUAUAUCCCGAUUGGCCGAUCAAAGCAGCAGCGAAUUUUGGCUAUCGGACGAGCCAGGGAUCCUGGACAUGGAAAAGCUUUGCUUCGAAGUCCUCAGAUUAUUAGAGCCUUCUCGCCCCCGGCUUCGUCAGGAGUGGGGGCUAUUAUCUCUGGAGUGGGGUGCGCACAGUUCUGACGCUUCGACAGCAUCUCUAUCCCUGCAAUUACUUCGUAUCCUCCGUCCACGAGUUCAGCAAGGCGCACUCAACGAACUUCUGGCUCGACUAACGAAUACUGUAGCUUCCAAUGACUCUGGCCCACAGAAGGUCUGCCAGGACGUUCUCAUGUCGUUGACUGCACUGGUCAAAGCCGAUGUUCUGGACCACACUCUCUGGCCACAACUCUUCUGGUGUGCACGGGCAUGCCUUUCGACGACAGUGGAGGCAGAAUAUGCCCAAGCCCUGAUUCUUCUCAAAACUCUGCUCCAAGUCUUGGAUAUCACAAAAGACGAAGUUAUUGAAGAUUUACUCGAUUAUCAACCAGAAUCCUGGGACACAGACGAUAUUAGUCUACAGGCAGUUAUUCUUCCAGGUCUGAGAUCAUCGGCUACAUGGAAAGACGCAAUGGAGGUCUUGAAAUCCCUAUCCAGGUGUACUCACGAUCAAUUUGUUGACCCCAGUGCCGGACGAUUGCGAAGCUUAUACACUAUCUGCCUUCCGCCAUUCUUGGAGGCCAUGGACCAGUCACAGCUCGAUGAAGACUUGGCUGAACUUGCAAUGAAUAUUGCCAGAAUGGCUGACAAUGAGAAGCGCGUUGGAAUCAGUCGGUUAAUGACGUCAUUUGCGAAACAGAAAUUCCGUACCAAGGAGGAUUUCCUGCGCCAGGCUGUCUCGUGCCUACGCGAGAACUACACUUCCAAACACUCCACGGAAAUUCUCACUCUACUGCUUGGCCUAGUCUUGAAUUCGGAACGUUGGCUUCGUGUCAAAUCAAUGCAACUUUUGAAGUUACUCUUCCAACAUGUUGAAACCAAAAAUCAAAACGUUCUUAGCGAACUCUUGAUGCCUUUAUUGUCGCUUCUACGAACCGACCUGGCGCUUCAGGCUCUCGAUGUACUAGAUGAGCCCCUGUCAGUUUCUGGUGGACUUGCAGCUACCCACGUUUUACGAAUGAGCAUGCAUAUUCGCAGCUCUCGUGAAUUGGAGGGAAAUCUCGUUGUAUUUGGAGUACCGGAGCCCUCCGGCUGGUGCGUCGCAAGGCCACUUGAAAUGGCCGCCCUGUGUAGGCGAAACGUUCAGGCCCUAUAUGAAUCCCUUAGUGCGACUGCUAGCGCCAGGCCUAUGACUAUGGCAUUCUCAGUCGCAUUAGACGGGAUCUCCACGAAUGGGACGAGUCAACUGGACGAGUUUGGCAUGAGCACGGAUAUGGACGAUGAUUUAGGCAACCUAGUUAGCCAGCUUAACGACCUCAACAGCUUCUUCACGACUGAAGGCACCCUCCCCGAGCCAAUUGCUGUUUCCCCUGUCCCACCUUCAGCUCCAAUUAACUUCCAGAACGAGGCCGAAAGAAGGGUGGCCGCUAUUCUGUCCCGAUCACUUGCCAAAUCUGGUGCGCGUGGCGAUUCAAUCUCGUCCAUGGAAGGUAUCGGUCAUACCAUAGAUCGCGAACGAGAAGACAAGGGACCAGGUACCCCUUAUAUUGGCCUGUUCGAAAUGUCCACUCCGCACCGAGAUGGAGAUGGAGAUGGAGAUGGAGAUGAUACACCACACAGGGACGGGAACGGGAACGGUCGAGACGACGGGAGACACGACGUACACGCCCAUGGCUAUCUAUCAGAGUCUGACGGGGAGGAAGCCGGUUAUGAAGCUGACUCUUACCUUAGUCACUCCCAAUCUCACAACCACCCUACACCUUCAGAUGAACUUGCCGGGCACCCAUACCCUCCAUCCUCAUUUGUCCCUGCUUCUCGAGAAGAAACUCCUGUUGCACGGUUCGCGGGACUAUCACAGUACGAUAAUGGGCCCGACUCCGAUAUCGAGAGUGACGAUGAUCGGAAAGGGGUUUUUGGACUGGAAUCACCACGGCAAAAACUAAAUGCCAAUCGACGCUCAAGUGGAGGACUCCGAUCAUUGUUUGGGAGUAGUGCGAACCACAAUCCAAAAGAGGGCGAAAGCAGGGCUAUGGCUGCAUUUGGGGGUACGGUGAAUAUGAGCAUGAAUGUCGCUUCUUCGAGGAAUGCGCAGAGAUUUGAUCGUAGGAAACGGAUAUGA